AUGGCAUAUGACCGUUAUGUGGCCAUCUGCAAGCCCUUGCACUAUGAGAUGGUCAUGAACAGAACAGCAUGUGUCCAAAUGGCAUCCAGUGCCUGGGAAGCCCACAACGUGGCGACAAAGAAAAUGUCCAACCAAAGCUCUGUGUCUGAGUUCAUCCUCCUCAGCUUUUCAGAUGUUUGGGAGUUGCAAUUUUUGCAUUUUGUCAUGUUCCUAGUUAUUUACCUCAGUGCCCUGAUGGGGAACCUUCUCAUCAUUGUGGCUGUAGUGCUUGAUCACCACCUCCACAACCCUAUGCACUUCUUCCUGAUGAACCUGGCCAUCCUGGACAUUGGAACCAUAUGUGUCAUCAUCCCCAAAGCCAUGGUCAACUCCCUGCUGAACAUCAGAACUAUCUCCUACGCUGGGUGUGCCACACAAGUUUUUUUCUUUCUUUUCUUAGCGGGAACAGAUUUUGCUAUUCUUACUAUCAUGGCCUAUGACCGUUACAUUGCCAUCUGCAAGCCCUUGCACUAUGAGAUGAUCAUGAACAUAAGAGCAUGGGUCCAAAUGGCAUCCAGUGCCUGGGUAGCUGGUGUACUCAACUCUAUCAUGCACACUUGGAACUUGUUUUCAUUCACUUUCUGUGGAGGCAAUGUGGUAGACUCGUUCUUCUGUGAAGUCCCCCAGCUCCUCAAGCUCUCCUGCUCAGAUAUACAUUUCAGGGAACUCUGUAUAAUCUUAUUCACCUUUGGUUUAUCUUUGUCCUGUUUCAUUCUGAUUGUUGCAUCCUACGUUCUGAUCUUCCGUGCAGUCCUGAGAAUCCCCUCAGAGCAGGGCCUGCAUAAAGCCUUCUCAACCUGCAUCCCUCACCUCAUUGUGGUCUUCUUGUUUGUAUUUUCUGUCAUGUUUGCCUAUUUCAAACCUACCUCACACUCCCCAUCCGGGCUAGAUCUCAUACUGGGUGUCAUAUACUCAGUAGUGCCCCCCCACAAUGAAUCCUAUCAUUUAUAG